AUGGUGGAAAUGGAGAAAGCCCGACCUCAGUGGAGCAACCCCUUACAAUUCGUGUUCGCCUGCAUUUCCUAUGCAGUGGGACUAGGGAACGUCUGGAGGUUUCCCUACUUAUGUCAAAUGUACGGAGGGGGUGGGUUUCUGGUCCCUUAUCUCAUCAUGCUCAUUCUUGAAGGGAUGCCCCUUCUUUAUCUGGAGCUGGCAGUGGGACAGCGUAUGCGGCAGGGGAGUAUCGGAGCGUGGAAUAUGAUAAGCCCCUAUCUUCGAGGAGUCGGCAUUGCCAGCGUGGUCGUCUCAUUCUUCCUCUCCAUGUACUACAACAUGAUUAACGCCUGGUCCUUUUGGUACCUCUUCCAUUCAUUCCAGGAUCCCUUGCCAUGGUCCAGCUGCUCAUUGAACAGUAACCUCAUGGGUUAUGAUGAAGAAUGUGAUCGAGCCUCAUCAACUCAGUACUUUUGGUACCGGAAAACCCUCAAUAUCUCACCCUCCAUUCAGGAGAAUGGGGUCAUCCAGUGGGAACAGGCCUUGUGUCUCAUCUUAGCAUGGCUGGUGGUGUAUCUGUGCAUUCUGAGAGGGACAGAGUCAACCGGCAAGGUGGUCUAUGUAACGGCAUCCCUGCCUUACUGUGUUCUCAUCAUCUAUUUGGUUCGGGGUCUCACUCUGCAUGGAGCUGUCAAUGGCCUAGCAUAUAUGUUUACCCCCAAGCUAGAGCAGUUAGCGAACCCCAAAACCUGGAUCAGUGCGGCCACACAGAUCUUCUUCUCCCUUGGCCUCGGGUUCGGCAGCCUGAUUGCUUUUGCCAGCUACAAUAAGCCGUCCAACAAUUGCCAGAAGCAUGCCAUCAUUGUGUCCCUGAUUAACAGUUCUACGUCCAUCUUUGCCAGUAUCGUCACGUUCUCCAUCUAUGGCUUCAAGGCCACUUUCAACUACGAGAGCUGCAUCAAUAAGGUGAUCUUGCUGCUGACCAAUACCUUCGACCUUGAAGAUGGUUUUCUGACCUCAGGAAACCUGGAGGAGAUGAAAACUCACCUAGCAUCUACCUACCCAAAGGAAUACAGUGAAGUGUUCCCACAGAUUAAAAACUGUAGUUUGGAAUCAGAACUAGAUACCGCUGUCCAGGGGACUGGAUUAUCAUUUAUUGUCUACACUGAAGCCAUUAAAAACAUGGAGGUGUCCCAACUGUGGUCGGUGCUAUACUUCUUUAUGCUGCUGAUGCUGGGGAUAGGAAGCAUGUUGGGGAACACCGCUGCCAUCCUCACUCCUCUGACAGACAGCAAGGCUAUUUCAAGCCGCUUGCCCAAGGAGGCAAUCUCAGGUCUUAUAUGCAUCAUUAACUGUGUCAUUGGGCUGACAUUCACCUUGGAAUCAGGAAACUACUGGUUUGACAUAUUCAACGACUACGCUGCCACCCUUUCCCUACUGCUCAUUGUGCUGGUGGAAACAAUUGCUGUUUGUUAUAUUUAUGGCCUAAGAAGAUUUGAAAACGACCUUCAAGUCAUGACUGGGUGCAAGCUAAGCUGGUAUUGGAAAAUCAUGUGGGCUUUUGUAAGUCCCUUGCUAAUCAUCAGCCUACUUAUUUUUUACCUGGUGGACUAUAUCCUCGCAGGAACCCUGACGUACCAAGCCUGGGAUGCAACACAGGGUCACCUGGUAACCAAAGAUUAUCCUGGUUUUGCCCUGGCAUUGAUUGGCCUUCUUGUGGCUGCUUCCACCAUGUGCAUCCCCCUGGUGGCUCUGGGAACCUUCAUCAUGAACAGAAGGAAAAGGGGAAACACAUCUACUAUAGCAUGAGAAGCAGGACCCCCAAAGGUGUCUCUUUGGAGUAGUUGAAAGAACUUGUGUACUCAGACGUCCGUUUCUGCAUAGUUCAUAUUUAUAGAUUUACUUUCUUGGGAUGCCUUUUUAUUUUUUAAACAUGCCAGUAGUACUCUGGAGAAAGUGUCUCAGCUUUUAGGGCCUUUAAGGGGGAAAUAGGA